AUGCCACUUUAUUCACGUGAAGCUGCAGAAGAGCAAUAUAAACAGCAAGUUGGCGCAGGACCAGAUCAUGCACUUGGCGCAAAUGACCGACAUUUUAAUCCUGAAGUUUCAGAAACAUUAAAAGUAAUAAGAGCUGGUGAAAAUGAUACAUUUGGCCAACACUUCAAUGAGUUAAUAGCACAAGCGGAAAUCCCACAUAUACCACCAUCACAGGAACCAUAUUGGGCUCAUGCAGCACGCAGUCGAAGUGAACGAGCUCGUUCAAUAACACCUUCUGCUACAAAACCAUAUUAUGCACCUCAAUAUUCCACUUUACAACAUCCAAAAAAACGAAAUGAAGAAAGAUCAAUAAGACGAGGAUAUGAAUUUGGUGGAUUAGAUUAUGUUGAUCGAUCACGAUUAUCAUCAUAUAAUUCAUCACCUCACAUUUAUCAUAAUGAUAAUGAUGAUACAAGGCGAUAUCAUAAUGAGCAUAAGACAAUAAUACCUGGAUAUGAAAUGGGUGGUAUGGAUUUUCGAAAAGGUGAAAUAAGCAUAAAUGGUUCAUACCAUGGACAUGGACCAGAACAACGUCGCUUACAUUCAAAAUUUGAUCAUACUUUGUUGAAACGUGAUGAGAUGAAUAUUGAAAUAGCACCAAAUGUUGAUCAUGUAUCAGCUGAUGUCUUAAUUGGUGAUACACGAUCUAAUCAACAUCUUACUAAAAAUGAACAACCUGAUCAUCAUUUUGGUACAUCAUUUGGACCAACAGCUGGUUUCAUUCGUCAACAUCGUACUGUUAAUCGUCAAGAAGAAAUCACUAAACCGACAACAUUUAGUUUAUCAGCUAAACCAUCAACAAAUUUUACUGGUCAUACAUCACAAACAGUUACGAAUUAUUCAACAAAUGAUAUUAUUGGUGAUAAAAAUAUUGAUAUUGAUAGAGAUAAUAUAUCAUUUCAAAAGAUAGAACAACAACAACAACAGCAAUCAUGGAUUCGAUCACAUAAUACAGUACCAGCAGAAAGAUACGAAUGGGCAAAUGAGAAUGCUGAGAAAGAGGUGACAAUUGAGACAUUAUUGAACGAUAAAGCGCUGAUUGCACAAAAAAAAUUGAUGACCCCAGAAUGGCAAUCAAGAUCUUUCGAAAAGCAUAAACAUUGGAAGAACAGGUCGGACCCUCGCUUUACCCGCUCCCAGAUGUAUGAUUAUGAACCUAUGUGGACACGUAUUGUGAAUGAUCGACGUAAUAUUUGGGAAAAAAAAGCAAGAAAUACUGAUGCUCGUCUGCAAAUACCACCUUCUUCGAAAAUUCCACCAGAACAACCACCACACUGGUAUAACAGAGCUAACCAGACUCAUGCACUGUGGCAAAAUGAAGCUGAUCGACAGAAUCGUGAAGAUGGUAAAUAUGAUGGCGGUAAUUAUAAUUAUACGAAUUAUCAUCGAGAACAACACAAGUAUGAUAAAUCAACAAUUAAUGAUUAUGAUAGUUUCAUAUCACAAACACAUUAUACAACACAUGCGGAUAACGGUGAUAACGGUACCAAAAGUGUACAACAGAAUCAUGCACAAUAUCAUACUUCCUAUUUAAACAAUCAACAACAACAACAAUAUAUAGAGCAUGGAAUACCAGUUAAACAGAGUACACAUUUAACUUAUUCCCCUGUAUCUAUUGGAUCACCACAUCCGAUAUCCUCCAGUACUCAGCAACAAUCAUCCACAUGGCAAUCACACAGUAGCAGUUCACGUUAUGAAGAAAAAUUGCAUGAGUAUUCAACGGAAAGAAUGAUAAAUAAUCAACCAAUCACAUUACCGGUAACAAAUGCAGUCAACAGGUAUGCUAUUGAGAAACCGAAUUAUCAACGAAAAACACAGCAUGAAACUGCUGCACCAUAUAAUUCAGUUGUAUCUGUUAUGCAAGGUAGUGGUGAUUUCAAUCGACGUGUUGAAAUGUCUGAGGUAUUACCUCGAGGUACAGUAGCAAAUACGGAAGCAAGUUUAGAAGGUAAUUACGUGGAUAAGGAUGGUCAACCUGUAACGUAUAAGCGUGAAAUUGUGACAAGCGUUAAUCCGAAUAGUGAAAGUACGCUGCUUAAAGAAGAAGAAAGGCGUGUUGUUGAGACACCACUUGAACCUGGUGUCAUUUCCAGACAUGUAACCACAAAAUAUUAUAAAAAGAAAACUGUGACCGAUACGACAACGACAAAUACCACCGUUCACUGA